AUGGCUGCUUUAUGUUACAUUCUCUAUGAGAACAUCGUCAAGUUUCCAGCAAAUCGACUCUUCAGUUUUUCAUUGUCCCUAAAAGUCACGGCGGCCAAUUGGAUUCUAUCACUGGUACUUGUACCUGCUUUUAUGUCAGGGUUUUAUCUCGCGGACAAACAAAGCAUUGGCCGCAUUUGUGAAACGAAUAUAGACCAAGCCCCUACUCAUGAAGAAACUGCAUCUUUCUUUUCUUUGAUAGUGCUAGUCACUAUUUGGAUUACAGUGUGUGCUAGAAUCAUCAGAAAAUCCCUCAGUGGAGUUGCUUCUAAAUUGAAACAGCAUCGUGAACAAACACAACAAGCAUUACAUAACAUGUCAAAAGUAAAGGUAGUAAGCUUUAAUAAACAAGCAUACGUAAUGGUUUUCUGUUAUUGUAUAUGUUGGAUUCCAUUUGGUAUUUCAGCGGCAUUGACAGCAGCAAAUGUAAUUUCAUUCCAUUCUUGUGUUUAUUUUGCUUGUCUCGUCGGAGCACACACCAGCGCUGCAUCAACGCCGCUAAUAUACUUGACUAUUGACAAACGAUUUAGAGUCAAGUGCUGUAGUAAUCAAAAGGCAAGCCGACCACGUCAAAUUAGUGUGCACUAAGACACUAUUUCUCAGAGACUUGUUAAAAAUUAUGCUCAGCUAGAAAGUCAAUUGUUUAUGAGUAUUAAGCUUGGAAGAAAUGUAGCACGCCUUGGCUUAACAGCGAAAUCCGGCAUUUGUUAAAGAAAAAAAAGAGACUGUCCGACGCAAACUUGCUCGUUCUCUUACAUUCUAUUUGCGGGAUAAAUUCAAGAAACGUCGAGCUAAAGUUGAACAACUAUUACGAGAAAGUCGUGAACG